CCGAAUUGAAUUUAAAAAGAAAAAAAGAAAGAAACUUUUUUCUUGAAUAUUUAGAGGGUCGUUCUUAAAAUGGGAAAAAGGUUGGAAAAUGUCAAAAAUAUCGGAAUUUGAUGCGGUUGGUGACGACGAUACAUAUAUAUGUAAAUGUGUGUGUAUAUAUAUAUAUACUGCUACAUAAUGAUUCAUAAUUCCAAGCCGAUUGCGUGUUUUUUUGUCUCCAUUAGAGAGCCCGAGAUCUUUGUCUGAUUCCAUUUCCAGUGUAUAGUUGAAUCAAGCAAAAGCAAUGGCCCAUUCCGCGAGAAAGCUUAUCCGAAUUGACGUGAGCUCGGAUACUGUGUGUCCAUGGUGUUUUGUGGGCAAGAAACAUCUUGACAAAGCCAUGGAUGCAGCUAAGGAUCAAUACGAUUUCGAGAUUAGAUGGCACCCGUUUUUCCUCGACCCAUCUGCCCCUAAAGAAGGCGUGAGCAAGAGAGAGUUUUACCAGCAGAAGUUCGGGGCCAGGUGUGAAGGGAUGUUCACUAGAAUGUCAGAGAUCUUCAGAGGCCUCGGGUUAGAGUAUGAUACAACUGGACUCACGGGCAACACUCUGGAUAGCCACAGACUUAUAUACUAUGCCGGGAAACAAGCACCAGACAAGCAACAUAGCCUUGCAGAAGAGUUAGGUCUCGGUUACUUCACGCAAGGCAAAUACAUCGGUGACAGGGAGUUUCUCGUCGAAUCAGCGAAGAAGUUGGGGAUAGAAGGAGCAGGUGAGUUUCUUGCAGAUCCUAACAAUGGAGUCAGAGAGGUGAAGGAGGAACUGGAGAGGUACUCAGGGAACAUCACAGGAGUUCCACAUUACUCGAUCAACGGGAAGCUGACACUGAGCGGAGCCCAAGCUCCCGACACGUUCCAGAGAGCGUUUCAAGCAGCAACAAGUUGAGUUUUGUAUAAUACAGACACAAACAUGAUCCAUCUGGCCAUGGAGAUUCAUGGAAGUUUCUGCUAUUUACAUAACAAUAAGAGAAUCUUUCUGAUAAAGAACCUGGUGUAAUACAUAUAUUUUGUUCUUGAUGGUUCCUGUAAUAAUACAAAUAACGUAUUUUGAACCUUCUUCUUCA